GCUGUCAGAUAAAUAGCAGUGCUGUCAAAGUAUUAUUUUUUGGUGGAAUUGUAGUGCAGUAUUUUCAUCAAAUUUAUGCAAUAUUACGCGAUUUUCUGGGUGUAAAACUAUUGAAAAAGUGAAAAUAAACAACUGUGGCAUAAAAUUUUAGUGAAAACCCUGUGAAAAUUGGUGGAAUUGUGGUGAAAAACAUGAAAAAAUAUGUCUAACGGGAAUGUGAAUUCCAUUGCAUAGACAGAAGAAAAAGUCAGCUGAUCCGCGACUUUUAUGCUGGAAAUUUUGCCUGAAAUGACGUGGUAAAACUUCUGCUGUGAUUCUCAAAAUCUGCAGAAGACCCUCUUGAUUGCCCUGAGAUGCACACCUGGUAAAACCAGUGGAAUUUCCCCGUCUGUAGACGUUAUUUGGAACAAGUUGAGGAGAAAUUUGUGUGGAAGAUGGAUUCAUCGCCGGGUGCAUUGAUGGAGGAGUAUGAGCUGAUGAAUCAGCAUAAGUAUCGAAUUUAUAUGUCCAACAUUGAUAAAGCACUGAAAAAUUUCGAAUACUCCAGCGAAUGGGCUGAUUUGAUAUCAGCACUGGGAAAGUUAAAUAAAGUGAUAUCGAGUUAUCCGCAGUACCAGAUAAUUCCGCGGAGAAUUAAGAUUUCCAAACGCUUAGCACAGUGUAUGCAUCCGGCUCUGCCAUCGGGGGUUCAUUUGAAGGCCCUUGAGACCUAUGAUGUGAUUUUUAGUAAUACAGGUACUGAAAGGCUCGCCACAGAGUUGUUUAUCUACAGCGCUGGGUUGUUCCCAUUGCUGGGAUAUGCUGCAAUGAAUGUGCGGCCAACUCUGCUGGGAAUCUAUGAAAAGUACUUUGUACCAUUGGGUGAGCGACUGAGACCUGCUUUGAGUGGGUUUCUCAGUGGAGUGUUGCCCGGGUAUGAGUCAGGAUUGGAUCAUUUUGAUCGAACGAAUUCUCUGCUCAAUUUAGUUUGUGCCGCUGUCAAUCCGUUCUGUUUCUACACUUGCCUGUGGGAAUGUGUAGCAACAAAUGCAUCCAUUAGGUUACCUGCUGUCUCCUACAUCCUAGAUCAUUUCCACAAGAAAAUUCCCAUGGAAGAACAAAAGUACUUCUUAGGUAGGAAUCAUGAUGUUCUGAUGGCGGGAUUGUGCGCUUGUUUGAAUGACAAUGUCAUUCUGGUUCAGAGAAAUACACUGGAGUUUCUUCUGUUGGGAUUCCCAAUGCAUACGAACUUAGUGGGAAGGGUGGAUCUAAUAAGGCUGGUAACAAAUGGUCUCAAUACCAUCCUCAGGAGAGACAUGUCGCUAAAUAGGCGUCUGUAUUCUUGGUUACUGGGGACUGAGGUGACCAAUGGACGAAGUCCAGUUGAGGAACCUCCUCCAGUUCCUGAAGAUCCGAAUCAGUCCUACUUCCAGAGAUACUCCCAAGCAAUUCUGAUCAAGGCGCUAAAUCAAACCCUAAAGAACAGUCUGAAUUGUGAUCCCGUUGACCUUAGGCCCUAUAGGAUCUUGAUUUCUCUUCUGGAUAAAAUCGAAAUUGGACCUGUGAUCUUGGAUGAAGUUCUGUGUGAUGUUAUUAGGACAAUGUCUCUGUUGGGAGGAAAUUCAGAGGUUGGAAAGUCAGCCAAUUUACUCUUUGCAACUUUCGAUCCAGCCUACAUCUGGACCUACAUGUCUGGUUUGUACGAAAAGGCCUGCAAGGCUCCAGCUUCGGGACAAUCCAAACUAACACUAAAUCUACGACAGGAACGUGCAGAAUUUGGUCAACCUGUUGUACCUGAAGUUGAUUCUGGACCACCAUGUUUGACAGAAGUUUGCUACUUGACAGAAUUCCUGCUGGAAACCAUCUCCCUAGAGACUUACAAUGAGACAACAAGGAUUCACUUGCCCAAAGUUUUCCUCGCUAUAACACAAAUGUUGACUAUUUAUUCGGAAAAUUUGACCCAUGACGAAGUUAGGGCAUCCCUGAAGCUCUGUAUGAAGAUUGUAUCGCGUGUUCAACCAAUGAUUACCAGUCCUGCGCGGCACAAUCCUUCUAAUCGAUCUGUUGAAGGAGCCGAAGAGGCUCUGUCGAAGGAGGAGAGUGGGAAUGCGUUGGAAAAGAGUAAAUCCGAUUCGAAGUUGAAUCAAAGCCUCCUGGAUGAAGCUGGAAUGACUCGUUCAAAUUCCAAUCACAGCAUGUCCAAGAAGAGUCCAAAGAAGACGAAGAAAUCAAAAUCUUACUCAAAGUUGCAGGAGUUGGAUAAGGAGAUUUGCACAGAUACUGGUCAAUUGAUCAUCCCAUCGGCACUUUCGACACCAAACUUGGAGUUUCAGAACAAUUCGGGGAAGAAGGGAAAGAAAAAGUCGCCAAUUGCUAAGUUGAGGAGUAAGUCGAAGACUCCCGAUCCCACCAUCGCUGAGGACUCUACUCAUGAAACCACUCCGGAACCAACGUCAAUUGUCAGCGAGAGCGGAACUAGCUGUGCCGACGACGAAGUUAGGGUUGAACCUAGAGAGACAAGCAUGAAGGAAUACUCGAUCCUUGAGCAGUGUAUCAGGCAGUAUGAGAUUUUCUAUCAGAUCUAUGUUUCUAAGGAAGUGCUGAAGAUUCAUGGAAAGGAUGGCAAAGCAACUCCCUGUCGCAUAACUGUCAGUCCCGAGGUUCAGGGACGAAGUCCACUGAUCAGUGAGGACAUUGUGGAGGGUGACAGUGUUGAUAGAAUCAAAGAAAUCGAUCGAAUGUUUAAUACGCUCAAGGUUAACGUGCAUUGCCGCAUCACCAGACUUCAGAAUUUACUAUACAGAACCCUCUUGAAGUCAGACGUCGAAGAAGUUGAAAGUGUUCGACAGGCAGGAGAAAAAUCCGUAUCCUUCAGUAUUGAUCAAGCAGAAAUGGCAGACUUGGAUCUAGAAGCAGCUGAGAAGAGCGUUUGCAGUUUGAUGGGGAUCAAACUCAGUGAAUCACUGAGGAAUGCUGUCAAACUUGCAUCGAGUUUACUCGUGGACCUUUCAACAUUCCCUAACUACAAUCAAAGUUUAACAGUUGAUAAACGAGAUAUGAGCAUUCCCAGUUGGCUCAAGGUUCUCUGCCUCGUUGCGAGCUACUUCAAAACAGAUAAGGAUCUUCAAGUGUCAGCCAUAACGACACUUUUUGAAAUGAUAAGUUUACUGAAGUCACAAAUUGAACACGCAACAAGUCCUGGAGUUACUUUCGUCAUCAUGUUGCCAGUUAUGAAGAUUGGUCAUGUAACCUUCCUAGAGAAUCAAACCCGAAUUUUUCAAGUUCUAACGUCAAUUCUGUGGGACUAUUUGGCAGAUCAAGGUGUUGAUAGAAGUCAAAUCAGUUCCCUCCUGUAUCAGCUACACAACUGCCUAGAUAGUGGCGUUGUUGAAACAGUCAUUGGACAUAGGAUGCUCAAUACGCAUCGGGAAUGGCUUGAUGGAGAAGAUUCCAAAGCCCUAACGAAUCAAUUUGUCCUGGAUGUCAAUGAAAAUUCCAGGAUAAAGACCAAUAGGUUGUUGGAAUAUAAGACAACGAGACUGUCCGACGUUAAAAUUAUGUGUCCACCACCUACGCAAUCCUUGGUAGAGUGUGGAGAUGUCCUGUCAGAGGGACCCUCAGUCACAUUUGGAAAGUUCGAAUUGCUGUGGCAUUUGGGCAGAGAUCGAGGUUUAAGGGGGUUUGACAAGACCGUUCUUAAGAUGUUCGACCAUUUGACACUGCCGCAGCAUAUGGCUAUGAGAACUUUUGUUACUAAAUGGCUGAGAGAGGCUCUCCUGAGAGGAGAUCUUCCUCGUGUCCUUCAACCUCUUCUGUCAAUUGUCUUAGCGUCAAAUACAAAGAGGAUUGGCGUGGUGAAUGCUCAUUUACUAAAGCGAGAUGGUGCAGAUAGUCAAGAUAUCUGGUAUAAUCCAGAUCGUCCAGGAGAUGAUACAGAAAUCAUCGAAAGGGAUGUAUACGCUAUAAGUUCCGAAGAUGGAAACAUUAGGUACCAUCUCGAAGGGGCCAAACAGAAGAGAAGCCCUAUACGGUCGCUUCAGAAGAAAUUCUUCGGAGUGACGAUUGGGAAUGCUACUGCAACGAAAGGUGGGAAGCCUUCAAAUUAUAUCACUGAGAAAAAUAGUUCAGAGCACAAUAGUAACAUUUCUUUGAUCGUCAAUCCGCUGGACAAUUCGUCUGAUGCAGAAAAUGUUGAUUCUGACAUAACUUCACUCAGUAGCAGUGCACCAACGAAGAUGAUUACUGAGAGUGCAACGGAUGUUCCGGAGGCAUCGGUAAAGGAUGAAUCGUGCUUCUCAUCGUGCGAUGAAGAAGAUGGUGAAAGUUCGACGGAUUCGGAUUCCGAGGGUAGAGAAACGAGCGUGGAGAAAGAUGUUUCGGUGGCUGAGAAUGCAGUCUGUGUCAAAAGAUUCGUAGGGGAUUGCAAUCAAGUUGCGGAUAUCCUGACCGAGCAUGAUCGCACGAAGAACCGAAAGACGUAUCAGGUGACCAAGAGUGGAAGUCAUGUUAUGGAGAAGUUGGAGCUGUCCUUUACGGACAUCACUGAAGGGAUUGGAUACUUGGAGGAAUCAGCAGCAGCUGAGGAGUACUUUAGUUCAUCUGCAGGAUCUAAUGAUGAAGAAACUGUGGAAAGGGUUCUCAAUGAAAUCAUUUCACAGGCAGUCGAAAAUGUUGAAGUGGAAGACAACAAGAGAAACAGUGGAACUUCAAAGAACUCUUUAGAGAGCAAUUGGUCAGAAUCGAAGGAGAAGACAGAGAGUACAGAUUCCUACAGUGGAUAUGAUAGUGAAAACAGUGAAAAUGACAAGCGUAAAUCUCAGGAAAGUUCCAAAAAUCCACCUGUUUCAAAGACUUCCAGGGAAUCUGAAGAGAAAGAUUCCGGAAGCAAACUUAGCAGUAAGUUCAAUUGGGAAAUGGCUCAAGAGACUUUCAGGAGGAGCAAACAGAACGUUGAGAUUCUCAGGCAGAAUACAGUUGGCAGUAAGAAGAGGAAGGAUGAGAUUAGGAAAGCUUUCUUUGAUAAACUCCAUCCACUUCAUACUCAUAUGCUUCUGUACUACGGAGUCUUUGACACCAAGCAGGUUCUCUACUCCCUCCAGACAAUCAGAAAUAUCAUUGGGAGUGAUUUCAGAACUUUUCUUUGCUUGGCUAUGACUACAACUCUGUCAGAUACUCAGAUCAAGAGCCUCCUGAUUCGUCACAGGAAAAGUAUCUUCGGAAAGGGAUUUUCUGGUGUCAUUGCAAAUACAGAGUACAGUCAUGUUUACAGAGGAUGCAUGUACUUGGAAGCUCUGGUUACCAUCUGUCUGUACUACCUCAGGAGUUACUUCCAGAAGAGCGUCUGCGAAGGGAACAAACUUCCUAGUUCAGAAGAUAUCAGAGGAAAUUGUAGAAUUCAGCUGGCCAGUAUUGAACUUCUAACGCUUCUAUGCACCGAACUGAUCACCAUUGUAAAGGAGAUGGGCAAGGGACUGGCUAGCUUCAUUGCUGAUAUGAUUGGACGAUGCAAACUACAAAAGAUUGUUCUUCAUUGUAUCCUGACGUCAGUCCAUAGUUUCACAUUCAAGGAUCCAGUAACAUUUACCGAUGACAUUCUGCGAUUUAAUGAUCCGGACGAUGAAAAGCUCCAUUUGGAGUCUUUUCAAAUUGAAUCUCUGCGGCUACUUCUGGCCGUGAUUAAGUUGGAGUAUGAGGUGACUGUGCAAAAGGGUGACAGUGAUAGUCGGAGUCAGGGUGAAAGUUCGGGAUCACAGUCUCCAACUCGUCCAGCUUCUAGUACUCCCACAAAUGUCAAAUAUCUGCCCAAUUGUCCAGUUAGUCAGCAACCAAUGUUCCUCUCAGCCAUUUUGAAUGCUCUUCAGGCUGAUCAUUUGCGCCAUUUGCACAAAAACUGGACAGAUGUAGUGACGUCAUCGCUGGGAUGCUACGUCUUUGGCAGCCUGACAAACAUUGUGAUCAGUGUUGUCCAUCAGAUUUGCACAAAUCUGGAUAAGGUGACCAGAACUGGGAAGAUUAUUCUUCCUCCGGAUUACAUUUUGGCUCAGCUGGAGGCAAUGACUGUCCUAUCCCAUUACUGUCUUCUAGAUAACACACAGCAAAUGACUCUGUCCCAUGUCUUCAACCAAGCUUACCCACCCACAAAUUCCACCACACACGCUUCUAAUCCCGGACAGAUCUUCAAUAAUCUCGUCCAUGUGUUCCUGUCCACGCCAGUGGCGUCAGAUCUGUCCCAGGCUAAGAAUUCCCAGCAUAUGGCUGCCCGGAAUGCCGUCCUGAGCCAUUUGCCGCGAAUUGUGGCAAGUGUAGCGGCUCUCUGGGACAAUGAGAUCGGGCAGACGAGAUUGGUCAAUAAGCAAUUGCUAGAAUUCCUCAGUCCAAUUUCUCUGCAUCAUGGAGUGAAUUUUCUGGCUGCUGUGGCUGUGGCAUGGCAGCAACGUGGUGAUCAAUUCAGGAGGAUUCAGCAGAAUCAGGAGGAGGGAGAAAGUAGGAAGAAUUCUCUGACAAUCACAGCAAAAUCCCUGCCUCAGGCAUGUCCGGAACAGCUGAGUUUGGUUAAGUUGGUCAGUGGUAUCCGGAUAAUGCCGAUGGAUUCAUUUGUACAGACACUGCAUCAAGUGGUGAAGUCUCCGCCGCCAAUUCAUCAUCCCCCGGCGGGAUUGAGUCUGGACGUGAGUGCUCUGGAACUGUUUUACUUCUACAUGAAAAAUGCUGGAAAUAGUCAAUUGACGGAUUGUUGGAGUUCACUUCUGGCUCUACUGAGGGAUGGUUUGGCACUUUCGCCACCGGCUCAAUUUGUUCUUCUGGCCAUUCUCAGUGAAUUCGUCCAGAGGUGUCCACAGCUACCGUUCCAGGAUAAGAAGGAUCAGCGGGAUCUGCACGAUAUCACAUCGCGCCUCGUGGAGGCUCUGUCGACGGUGGCGGGAGCGUGUCUCGAGCAGACCACGUGGCUCCGCCGAAAUUUGGCCGUGAAGGAAGAUUUGGGCACUUUGCCCAUUGAUGGGAAUAUCAAGGAGUCCACAACUUCUCUCAUUGGCAAUCAACUCUACAGUGUUCAGGCUCAAUCGGUUCUGGCAUCGGUCCUGGCCAAUCUGCUGGAUGUGGCUUAUGGAUCACAGGAGAAGGAUAAGAUUGUCACCAUUGUCACUACGCUAAUGUACAACAUUACGCCCUAUCUCAAGAAUCACACCAUCCGCAAUAUUCCGUCGUUCUAUGCAUGUUCGAGUCUCCUGGCCAGUUUGUCCACUUAUCAGUACACAAGGAAGGCCUGGAGGAAGGAUGUUCUGGAUCUUCUUCUAGACAAUUCCUUCUUUCAGAUGGAUCUGUCGUGCUUGCCUUUCUGGAAGUCCAUCCUUGACAGCCUAAUGACGUACGACAAUACAACUUUUAGGGAAUUGAUGAAUCGUGUUUCUCUGACACAAACGGGAGGAUUGAACAUUUUUACGUCCAAGGAGCAAGAAUAUGAACAGAGAGCGGCUCUCCUGAAACGUCUGGCUUUUGUGAUCUUCUGCAGUGAAUUGGAUCAGUAUCACAAAUACAUGCCGGAAAUUCAAGAACAACUGGCAAAUAGUUUGAGACUGGAGAAAGUGGUUCCAUCUGUUCAGGCUGCUGUCUUUCUCUGCUUCCGCGUUCUCCUGCUGCGAAUGUCCCCGGAUCAUGUGACAUCACUCUGGCCAAUAAUCAUCGCUGAAAUGGUGCAAGUUCUUCUGUCCAUAGAACAAGAACUCAAGACUGACACGGAGGAGUUUAGGAAGCAGUCUAGUCAACAUAUUCGCGUGCUGUCGGGCUUGGAUAGCACUUGGGUGACAAAUACCAGCAAUGGGCUUCAUUCCAAUGGACAUCCACAGUGGCGAAUGGUUCAAUUAGAAACGGCAAAACUCCUUGAAUUGGGAUGUGUUCUUCCCGCCACCAAUUUGCCACAUUUCCAAAUGUAUCGUUGGGCCUUUGUGGCUGGUCUCAAUGAUUACGCAGCGGAUUCGCUCAAUGGAGAUGUGAAUGUGAAGCCAGGAGUUCCAACACCUUCCUCAGUAUUUAUUCCACAUGUCACGAGAAUUGCUCGUCUCAUGGACUAUCGAUACACAAGCCAUUCGCCGAGACCUGCUUGUUCGAGGAAGAAUCAUUUAGUUCUGACUUGCCAGAGUAUUGCCAAUCUGCAGGAUCUCUACGGAUUCUUCUCUACUUUGAGUGUCACCUGGCCACCGUAUCAAUUUGGGGCAGAUGUGGACAGAGAAGUAGCAACUUGCCUGGCAGAAAUUGAAAGUAUCCUUGCGGCGGACUUUCUAGAGAAGAUGCCCCAAUCGAUUGCAAGGUGAAAUGAUGUCCAGUCUCAACUGGAAUUUUCCUAUUCUCCGUACUUUGUGUGAUAAUACUAAAAGCAAAAAAAAAGAAGUAAAGCAAACAAUCCCAUAAAAAAUCAUGUGAGUGCAAUCGAUAAAAAAUGCAAUUUAAAUCACUCCCCUGUAUCUGCUCUUUAGUGUAAAUAACUAUAUUUUAGUGAAGGAAAAAAGGGGUUUUUCAGUGGAAAAGCGGGAGAAAGAGCUUGAUAAAAAUCUUUACCAUGAACUUUUGUAUUUAUUUCUCUAAUGCGCUUUGCGUACUUCUACCAACUAUUGGCGCAAGUAAAUAUUCUCUCAACAAGUUUUAAUUGUGAAAGAGUUUGGAGACCAAUGGGAAGCUUCACCUCUGAAACAUUGUAUUAACAAUAUUUAAAUUAUAUUGAAAAAAAAGUGAGAUUUUAUUAAAUGUUUAAAAAGACAAAAA